GCGGGGCCGUGCGGCGCAUCCUGCGGCGGCUGCGGCGGCGGCGGGCGCGGCGGCGGCGGAGGGACGCAAGAUGAUGAAGUUUCGGUUCCGGCGGCAGGGCGCGGACCCGCAGCGCGAGAAGCUCAAGCAGGAGCUCUUCGCCUUCCACAAGACCGUGGAGCAUGGCUUCCCCAACCAGCCCAGCGCCCUGGCCUUCGACCCCGAGCUUCGCAUCAUGGCCAUUGGCACCAGGUCUGGGGCCGUCAAGAUCUAUGGCGCACCUGGUGUGGAAUUCACAGGCCUGCACCGGGAAAUGGCCACAGUCACCCAGAUGCACUUCUUGCCUGGCCAGGGCCGCCUCCUGACCCUGCUGGAUGACAGCAGCCUGCAUCUCUGGGAGAUCGUCCACCAUAAUGGCUGUGCCCACCUGGAGGAAGCACUCAGCUUUCAACUGCCCAGUCGACUGGGCUUUGACGGUGCCAGUGGCCCGCCCACCCUUGCCCACGUCACAGUGAUCCUGCUUGUGGCUGCUGGCAACAUGGCAGCCCUGGGCACUGAAGGUGGCAGCGUCUUCUUCCUGGAUGUUUCCACCUUGAUGCUGAUUGAGGGUCAGACCCUUGGCCCUGAGGAGGUUCUGCGAAGUUUGCCAGACGACUACCGGUGCGGGAAGGCGCUGGGCCCCGUGGAGUCCCUGCAGGGACACCUGCGGGACCCCACCAGGAUCCUCAUUGGCUACAGCCGGGGCCUGCUGGUCAUCUGGAACCAGGCAGCACAGUGUGUGGACCGCGUCUUCCUGGGGAACCAGCAGCUGGAGAGCCUGUGUUGGGAGCGCAGUGGCAGCACGCUGGUCAGCUCACACAGCGAUGGCAGCUAUGCCAUCUGGUCUGCGGACACUGGCAGCUCUCCAGUAAUGCAACCUACCAUGGCCACCAUGCCCUACGGCCCCUUUCCCUGCAAAGCCAUCAAUAAGAUUCUGUGGCGAAACUGUGCAUCUGGGGGCCACUUUAUCAUCUUUAGCGGCGGCAUGCCCCGUGCCAGCUAUGGUGACCGCCACUGUGUGAGUGUGCUCCGGGCAGACACUCUGGUGACACUGGACUUCACCUCCCGCAUCAUUGACUUCUUCACGGUGCACAGCAUGCGACCAGAGGAUGAGUUCGAUGAGCCCCAGGCCCUGGCUGUGCUGCUCGAAGAAGAGCUGGUGGUGCUGGACCUGCAAAUGCCCGGCUGGCCGGUGGUGCCUGCUCCAUACCUGGCCCCAUUGCACUCGUCCGCCAUCACCUGCUCGGCCCACGUGGCCAAUGUCCCUGCCAAGCUGUGGGCCCGCAUCGUGAGCGCUGGGGAACAGCAGAGUGCCCAGCCUGCCUCCAGUGCCUCGAGCUGGCCCAUCACCGGGGGCCGGAACCUGGCCCAGGAACCAUCUCAACGAGGGCUGCUGCUGACUGGCCACGAGGACGGCACUGUGCGGUUCUGGGACGCCUCUGGCGUGGCGCUGCGGCCGCUCUACAAGCUGAGCACAGCUGGCCUCUUCCAGACCGACUGUGAGCACGCCGACAGCCUGGCCCAGGCCCCCGAGGACGACUGGCCGCCCUUCCGCAAGGUGGGCUGCUUUGACCCCUACAGUGAUGACCCCCGACUUGGGGUGCAGAAGGUGGCACUCUGCAAGUAUACAGCACAGAUGGUGGUGGCCGGCACUGCAGGCCAGGUGCUGGUGCUGGAGCUCAGUGACAUGCCAUCAGAGCAGGCGGUCAGCAUGGCCAGUGUGGACCUCCUCCAGGACCGAGAGGGCUUCACGUGGAAGGGCCAUGAGCGGCUGAGCCCGCGCACGGGGCCCUUGCCCUGGCCAGCCGGCUUCCAGCCCCGAGUGCUGGUUCAGUGUCUGCCGCCAGCCGCCGUCACCGCUGUCACGCUGCACACGGAGUGGAGCCUCGUGGCCUUUGGCACCAGUCAUGGCUUUGGUCUCUUCGACUACCAGCGCAAGAGCCCUGUGCUGGCCAGGUGCACGCUUCACCCCAAUGACUCCCUGGCGAUGGAGGGGCCGCUCUCCCGGGUGAAGUCGCUCAAGAAGUCUCUGCGCCAGUCUUUCCGGCGCAUCCGUAAAAGCCGAGUCUCGGGCAAGAAACGGGUUGUUAAUACCAACAGCAAGUUGCAGGAGGCCAACGCACAGCUGGCAGAGCAGGCCUGCCCCCACGACGUGGAGAUGACCCCCGUGCAGCGCCGCAUCGAGCCCCGCUCAGCCGAUGACUCCCUCUCGGGCGUGGUGCGCUGCCUCUACUUUGCCGACACGUUUCUCCGAGAUGCGGCCCACCACGGACCCACCAUGUGGGCAGGCACCAACUCAGGCUCUGUGUUUGCCUACGCACUGGAGGUGCCAGUGGCAGUGGCAGGCAGCGAGAAGCGGCCCGAGCGAGCGGUGGAGGCUGUGCUGGGCAAGGAGGUGCAGCUAAUGCAUCGUGCGCCUGUGGUGGCCAUUGCUGUGUUGGAUGGGCGUGGCCGCCCACUGCCUGAGCCCUUCGAGGCCUCUCAGGACCUGGCCCAGGCCCCGGACAUGCAGGGUGGCCAUGCAGUGCUCAUCGCGUCUGAGGAGCAGUUCAAGGUGUUCACACUACCCAAGGUGAGCGCCAAGACCAAGUUCAAGCUGACAGCCCAUGAGGGCUGUCGUGUGCGCAAGGUGGCACUGGCCACAUUCGCCAGCGUGGCCUGUGAGGACUAUGCCGAGACCUGCCUGGCCUGCCUCACCAACCUGGGUGACGUGCACGUCUUCUCGGUGCCGGGCCUGAGGCCCCAGGUGCAUUACUCCUGCAUCCGGAAGGAGGACAUCAGCGGCAUCGCCUCCUGUGUCUUCACGCGCCACGGCCAGGGUUUUUACCUGAUUUCCCCAUCGGAGUUUGAACGCUUCUCCCUAAGUGCCCGGAACAUCACAGAGCCACUCUGUUCUCUGGACAUCAGCUGGUCCCAUGGUGCUGCCCAUGCCAGCUACAGACUCCAAGAGUCACCCAAGCUGAGCCAGGCUAACGGGACCCCCGGCAUCCUCCUGGCGCCACAGAGCCGUGAUGGAAGCCCUAAUCCUGUGCACAGCAAAAGAGCUGACACCCCAGAGCGGCCUGAGGCCAUGCUCUCGCCCAUGUCCAUUGACUCGGCCAUCAGUGCUGACACCACUCUGGACACAACGGGGGACAUCACGGUGGAGGAUGUGAAGGAUUUCCUGGGCUCUUCGGAGGAGGCUGCGAAGAAUCUGAGGAACCUGGUGGAAGAUGAGGCUCGAGCCUGUGCCAUCCUGAUUAAAUGAGGAAGGCCAGGACUACCUGCCACCACUGCCUUGCUUGGAGCUGGGAUCCAGGAUCUGUGUCCCCUCCCAGCCCUUCGCGGACGACACCUGCUCACCUGUGGGCCCCGGGGUGUGGGCCUGGAACUCGGGUGGACUCGGACUGGCCUCUCCUACAGGCAAUACCUGGAAGCCAGGUGCCACAAGGAAGGACACACACCAUCCUUUCCCCCUCCUUUUGCAAAGAAUAUUUUUCUAAUGCCUGGACUGGACAGUGCUGGGCUGGACACUCAUUUCUAAAACUAUUUUGGUACUGUUCCUGGGCUAGCAUGUCCCCCUCUUCCCACCCUGUACGUGUGUUUGUGUGAGAGAGAGACACUGGGCGCUCCCUUGGCACCCAGGAUGGGGGCCCAGUCAGGUAUGUGUAUGUGGGGGUCAGAAUGGUUUCCCUGUAGAUUGUACCUUGGGGGUUUUCUGUAAUUUUAACAUUAGCACUGUUUUAAUAUGAAAAAUGCUGAUUUUUAAUAUUGAAAAUAAAAGCAUUUAAUAUCUCUUAAA